UACUUCGCUGACCUCAGCCGUGUGUCAUCUCACGCAGUAUAAAGACGCAGAGGUUCAAAAAUCUCUGUGACACACUGACAAACUUUAAGACUUCAUCAUCAGUGUCAGCUUUUAUUUUGGACAAAAUGAGCAGGCUGGAUUUAAGGACUGUUUUGCUGUUGUGUUGUGGGGUAAUAUGUGUUUCUGCCAUGAGACGAGAGUAUUUCCUCAGGAUAGAGGAGGUGUCUUGGAACUAUGCUCCGACUGGAAUGAACAUCAUCCAAAACCGGUCAAUCGAGGAAGAUGAAGAAGCCUCCGUCUUUUUAAAGAGAGGUCCCCAGCGUAUCGGCUCAACCUACAAGAAGGCUGUUUAUAAACAGUACAGCGACGCCACCUACAGGACAGAGCUGACAAAGCCAGCAUGGUUGGGUUACCUGGGACCAAUGUUGAUGGCUGAGGAGGGAGACACGCUGAUUGUCCACCUAAAGAACACGGCGUCCAGACCUUACAGCGCCCACCCACACGGACUGAACUACACCAAAGGCAACGAGGGAGCCCUGUACCCAGAUGGCACAGGUCCAGAGCUGAAGCGGGAUGAUUCAGUGGCUCCUGGUCAAACAGUGACCUAUGAGUGGACCCUCGCAGAAUCCCACAGCCCAACAUCGCUGGACAGUAACUGCAUGACCAGAUUCUACCACUCCCACAUCAGCCCACCAAAGGACAUCAACUCAGGAUUGAUAGGGCCCCUCAUCGUCUGUAAGAGAGGAACUCUGGACUUGCAUGGCGACAGCUCAGGAGACUACCAGUAUGCUCUACUGUUCAUGGUAUCAGAUGAGAACUUCAGCUGGUACCUGGAUGAAAACAUCAGGACAUACAUCACUAAUCCUGCCAGAAACCUGAAGGAGGAUGAAGACUUCAUGGAGAGCAACAAGAUGCACAGUAUUAAUGGGUUUAUGUACGGUAAUCUUCCUGGACUGAGCAUGUGCCAAGGCAACAAGAUCCAGUGGCAUUUGUUUGCCUUAGGCGAUGAGGUGGACAUACAUUCAGUUCAUUUCCAUGGCCAGAUCCUGACCACUCUGAACCACCACACAGACACAGUCAGUCUUUUCCCUGCUUCUAGCACGACAGCUGAAAUGACAGCUGACAACCCGGGACACUGGCUGCUGACAUGCACUGUCAAUGACCAUCUGAUGGCUGGGAUGCAGACUUUAUUUGAGAUCAAGAAGUGUUUCCCCAAUGUCCACAAGCCCCGGCCUCACGGAGAGCUUCGACAGUACUUUAUCGCUGCUGAAGAAGAAGUCUGGGACUAUGCUCCUACAGUGCCUACAGAUGGGGCAGCAGAAACGUUUGUAACCCGAAGUCAAAAUCGCAUUGGAAGCCGCUAUAAGAAGGUUCGCUAUGUGGAGUACACUGACAUCACUUUCACCACAAAGAUACUGCGCAGCCCAGAGGAAGAACACCUUGGAAUUCUGGGACCUGUGCUGAGGGCUGAAGAGAAAGACACUAUCAGGGUGGUGUUCAAAAACAGAGCCAGUCGGCCUUACACAAUGCAACCACAUGGAGUGCAGUACAGUGUGGAACAGGACGGGACACUGUAUCACAAUGAGCUGGAAGAGUCUUAUACACAAACGAAACUGCGGGAGCUGAGGAGAGAGCCGAGAGUGGUGACUCCUCCCCCUGCUGCUCUGGUCAAACCUGGGAUGGUGCACACCUAUGACUGGAUGGUGCCUGUGGGUGCUGGACCUGUAGAAGGGGAGGCCGACUGUCUGACCUAUCUGUACUAUUCUGCAGUAGAUCCUGUUAAAGACACCAGCUCUGGACUGGUUGGGCCACUCCUCAUUUGUCGACCUAAAUCACUGAAGAAAGGAGUGCAGAAAAACUAUAACAAAGAGUUUCACCUCAUGGCUACUGUGUUUGAUGAGAACCUGAGUUGGUAUCUAGAUGACAACAUCAGGACUUACACUACUGCUCCCAACACAGUCAACAAGGAGGAUGAGGGCUUCAUUGAGAGCAACAGGAUGCAUGCCAUCAACGGGUUCGUGUAUAACAAUCUCCCAGGGCUGACCAUGUGUAAGGGGGACAAAGUAUCGUGGCAUCUCUCAGGACUGGGCUCAGAGUUGGACAUCAUCAGUCUUUACUUCCAGGGCAACCGCUUCAUAUACCAGCAGAACAGACGGGACACAAUCAGCGUUUUCCCUCACAUCUCCCGCACCAUCACGAUGGAGCCAGACAGCAUGGGUCAGUUUGAGGUGGUGUCUGCAACAGUGAACCAUUACCGUAACGGGAUGCGAGCCAACUACACGGUAGAGAGGUGCAGCAUAUUUCAGCGUCAGGGUGAGACGAUGUUGCAUUCGAAAACCUACUACAUCGCUGCCAUGGAAGUAGACUGGGACUAUGCUCCGAACCGAACCUGGGAGGCGGAGAUGUUCCGCGGCAUGGAGAGCCCUGCCCCGGCCUUUCUAGACAAGCAGGGUGGGUUUAUAGGCUCUCGUUACAAGAAGGUUGUCUAUCGGCAAUUCACCAACGACAAGUUUACCAAACAGGUAGAACGAACCGCUGAUAUGGAGCACCUUGGCAUUAUGGGUCCAAUGAUUCAUACUAAUGUGGGAGACAAAGUUUAUGUGGUUUUCAAGAAUAUGGCAACCAGACCUUAUUCCAUUCAUGCACACGGAGUCAAAACAGAAAGCACCAAUGUCCACCAAACCCAACCAGGUGAAACGCACACCUACACCUGGUAUGUCAACAAGAACACUGGACCAACCGCAGAACAAGAGGAGUGCUCUGUGUCAGCAUACUUUUCUACUGUAGAUGUUGCAAAGGACCUUUACAGUGGACUGAUUGGUCCAUUAGUGAUCUGCCGCCGUAGCUGGAGCAGGACUUUCGGAUUGAAAAAGGAAGUAGAAGAGUUUGCGCUGCUUUUAAUGGUUUUUGAUGAGAAUGAAAGCUGGUAUCUGGAUGAAAACAUCAGGGCACAGAUCAGGAACCCUCGCCCAAACUUAAAGGAUGAUGAAAACUUUAUAGGGAGCAACAGAAUGCAUGCCAUUAAUGGCUAUGUGUAUGGUAACCUGAAUGGUUUGAACAUGGAGGUGGGAGAUAAGGUGUACUGGUACCUAAUGGGAAUGGGCAAUGAAAUGGACAUACACACUGCACACUGGCAUGGCCAUGUUGUGGAAUAUAAGCUGGGUGGCGGUGCUCAUCGUACUGAUGUGUAUGAACUGUUUCCAGCCACUUUUCAGACAGUAAAGAUGCGUCCUCUGUAUCCUGGCACCUGGUUGCUCCACUGUCACGUCACACAGCACAUUAAAGGUGGCAUGGAGGCCAUGUAUACUGUUACUGAAAAACCAAAGAAGAAGGGAAUCUUUGGCUGAAGGGAGUCUUGAAGUCUUAAGGAAAAGCAAACUGAGACAAGUAAAGAGAAUAUCAGUGCCCAGUUUACUAAAGGCCUCAGUUGCUGGUGUAUAUCAGAAACCUAACAUAGAAUCAAGCAUUACCAACAGUACUAAAAUGUAUCUUUUUUUUUUUAUAAUCAUUUGUGUCCUUCAUUCCUUUCUAAUGGAAAUAAUAAUAAAAAAUAAUAAAAAAUAACUUUAAGGUCAAAA